AUGGGUCCCCCGCGCUCUGGAACAGGAAUACAUAUUGAUCCUCUAGGAACUAGUGCCUGGAAUGCCCUGGUCCAUGGCCACAAACGCUGGUGCCUCAAAGUAACACGGGAAGAAGGUGGAAACCAGCAAGAUGAAGCCAUCACUUGGUUUAAUGUCAUAUACCCACGCACAUUGCUUCCAACGUGGCCUGCUGAAUUCAAACCUUUAGAGAUCUUACAGAAUCCUGGAGAGACUGUGUUUGUGCCAGGUGGUUGGUGGCAUGUUGUUCUGAACUUGGACACCACUAUUGCUAUUACCCAAAACUUUGCCAGCUGCACCAACUUCCCUGUUGUUUGGCACAAGACAGUAAGAGGGCGCCCUAAACUUUCAAGAAAAUGGUACAGGAUCUUGAAGCAGGAACGUCCUGAGCUGGCAGCUUUGGCCGAUACUGUGGAUUUGCAGGAAUCAACAGGGAUUGCAUCUGACUCUUCAAGUGAUUCCUCCAGUUCUUCUUCCUCAAGUUCUUCAGAAUCUGGCUCUGAGGAUGAUUCAAGCUCUGGAGCAGAAACGAUGGCCCACAGGAAAAAGAAGAGAAGAACAUGCAGUGGGAUGGGCAAUGGAGACAGCACCACACAGGAUGACUGUGUUAGCAAAGAACGCAGCUCAUCCAGGUGA